CACCAUCAGCAACUGUGCUGCGCAAAUAUUCACCGCUCAGCUACUCACCCACGACUUUUGCUCAACACAACACAAAUCUGUUGCUUCCUCUUUCGAGCGGCUUUGUGCAGGAGAGGCAAUGUGAGUGCCAGAGCCUGGUCCUGGUGCAUAGAAGCAGCUGAGCUCGGCGCGCACAUGCACGUCACGUUUGCGACACACACAUACGCUCUCUCUCUCUCUCUCCAUACGUGCCAUGGUGAUGCUCACGCACUGCCAUCCUCACUCCUCAACGUCUUGUCGCAUCGAAGUCAGGUGUGUGUAUCAGCAUCACACGCGCAGCAGUCCAGUCAAAGUCAUGACUACGCUCUUUCUAGCCCAGCGCUCUCCCAUGAUCGAGCAAUCGCUCGCUUGUUGGCGUGAGGCGCGCAGUGUUGGGGUCGCCUAGCUGCUCGAGAGGAGCGUCGAAGCGCAUACACACGACCUGGAGAAGCGAGCGCAUACACGGCACCAAACCAGCAUGACGCCUGUCAGCACUAGUGACGGCGCUGGUGAGCAAAGUCAGGUCACCAGCGGCAUGCAAGCGGCUCAAAACCCAAUGAAAGUCAAGACGGAAGAAGCGGUUGGAGUGUCAAACUCGAGCAGAAGCCAGACGGUGGAUGUGACGGAAGCUGCAGGCGUGGCAACGAGCCCAUCUGGCAGUGUAAAGGGCAAGACGAGUGUGGCGAGGACAGCUGCCGAGGAUGGAGCGAAAUCAGCGCCCAAGAGCCAAGAAGAGCAGUCGCUUGGAGAUGAAAAGGGUUCCGCACCAGCUGAGCCCAGUGCAAGCCCAAAGAAUGCCAUGCCGACCCUGCCUGCACCUGCUAAGCUAAUGGCGUGCUCAAAGCCGGCAACGCUGCCUGCACUGACGACACCCGAUCCAACUCCUGUGCGAGGUUGGAUCGGCACCGUGUUUCACACAAGCAAGCUGAAGGAGCCGGGUCCCAAGUUGCUCUCUUUUCUACGCGAUGCGUCUAGCGCGCCUCACGUCGCCGAGAAUCGCACCUUGUGCUUCGAGAUGAACAUUUCGCCCGACGUGACCAACGAGGACCCCGUACGCCAUGCCAUCUACCGUCACUACUGGCAGCAUUUGGAAAAGUGGAAACCUCAAAAAGCGCCUCAUGUCACAAUCUUGGGCAUCCACUAUGAGCGCACUGUGCACGUCAAAUUUCACAGCUCCGCCCAGUAUCAAGCGGCGCGUCAAGCUGGUAAGCCUUCUUUCGGAGGUCGAAAGUUCAAGAGAACCGCUGUUGGUCUCGACCUACCCGACGGACACUUUAUGGUCAGGAUUUCCGACUUUUACGAUUCUCAAGGAGCUGACGAUUGGACGGCCUUGACGCAGUCGCUGAUCUCGCAUCUCAAACAGGUGGUUGUCAUUCAUCAAAUCUGGUGCGAGGUCGAGAGCAUACCGGAGUGGAACAUCCUUAAAAGACCUGCCGGCGUCAUACUCCUGCUCGUCGAAGCGCGCCGCGCUAUGGGCGAGUCUGCGAUGAGCGACGCAGCUGCAUCGGUCAAGAAGAAGGGUGCUUGGAAGUGGCGCUCCAAGUCUUACCCUCUGCACGUUCCGCACCCGAUUCGACGUGGCGAUAGGUGGUAGAUGGUGACGUGCAAGAGGUGUAGGUCGGAGCUCGGAAUGUCGACGCGCCUUUCGACAUUGCGGCAUCUGCCUAAACGAGUAUGGAGCCAACGCUGGGAUACGGUCGCUUUGCGCUGCACCCAACACCACCACGACAAGCGUGAACGCAGCCAUCCACUUUUCCGCUUCUCUUGUGCGUGCAUUGAUCUCUGCAUUUGUCACCUUUACAAGUCUUCCGCUUCGCCAAGUCCCAAAAGGCCACAUUACAAGUUUUCCGCUCCGCCAAGAUCUCAAAAGUCACACGAGCUUCGCUGCAGGCUUCAAUCCAGUCGCGCUCCCUCCCUUUUUCUGUACCAGACUUGCUCGCACCGCUAGUGCGCCGCGACGUUGUGAGCCAGCUUCGGAAUGAAUACGACUACAGAACGCCA